UAAGCGAUUCUAUCGAUUUUACCCAUGCUUUUACAAGUUUUUGUGACUAAACGACUUUAGGUAGAAACUGAAACGUUUUGGUGGCCUAGAUACGUAAAAACGUAAGUUUUUACGUUUUAAUGCACGAUUUUGACUGCACCGCUAUGGUGGAGUAUAAGUCUAUGAUUGAGGCCUCAAUAAAAUUUGAGCAAGCCAACUUUGUCGAAGGGCAAUCGCGAGGAAAGAACCGUUAUAGCUCUACGUAUAGUCCAGGUUGGAGGAAUCAUCCUAACUUUCUUUGGUAUUCGCCAACGGAUAGAAAGCCUCCGAGGUUUCAAUCUCAAGCUCCUAUGAAAAAUGCUUAUCCAAGGCCGAGUCAACCUUCAUACCAAGGGGCGUAUCAAGAACAAAGUCGACCCUUCGAUGGUCGAGUCUCUAAGCUUGAAGACUUGGUGGGCCAAUUCGUUACACACUCCAACAAGAAGUUUGAGGCUAUUGACAAAUUUAUAGAGAAUACUACGACCAAAUUCUCAAGUUUGGAAACGGGUCAAAGGAAUCAACAAGCUUCACUUCAAAAUCUUGAAGCCCAACUAAGCUCAUUGGCACAAACUCUAUCAUCAAGACCACAACGAACUUUAUCAGGCAAUACCUAACUUAAUCCUAAGGAGGGAUUUCAUGUUGUAACUCUAUGGAGUGGCUGACCUUUGAAGGAGGUUCCUAUCUCAACACCGAGGAUAUCGGUAAGAGAUGUUCAACGUGAAGUUUUUCAAGAAGAAGAGUUAUUUCACGAAGAUGUGCAACCUAUUAUUGAAAUCAAGAUUGAAGAUGACGAGAAGUCUAAGAAGACCCAAGCACCGGAUCCAACACCAAAAGCUCCUUAUCCUAGACAGUUAUUCGAAAGUGAUCUAUUUCAUGAAUGUGCUCCAUGAAAGGAUACAAUUGAAGGUAACGGUCCCUUUCUUAGACAUGGUUAUGAAGAUUCCGAAAUAUAUUAAAUUCCUGAAAGAAAUAUUGUUGAGAAUGAGGAAAAUGGAAGAAGUUGCUAUGGUUUCCGUUAGUGAAGUUGCUUCGGCAUCCAUCGGAUGUGAAGGCUUCCCUCCAAAAUUAAGAGAUCUGGAAAUCUUCACUAUUCCAUGAACCUUCAGAGUCAAAAAAUUUUGGAAUCCGCUAGAAGAUUUGGGGUCUAGUAUCAAUAUUAUGCCUACAAGAAUAUACAAUGAGUUAGACCUUGGACCACUCACACCUACUAUUUGUGCCUAGAAUGUACUAUGCAGUUUAAUGGAGCACGAGUGAGGCGUCUGUUCUUGAUGAUAGAAGGCACUCCCGAACCCUGCAAAAUAGGGGUCCGUGAGCGGUUUCCCAGGACACUCUAUGAUGCUUCAGUUACAGAGAGAAGUGAGAUUAUGUGUAGUGUUUAGAGAGAUGAAGUAGUUGAGUUACCCUCAAUGCUAGUGUGGGGGGUAUUUAUACCCGGUUAGGUGGACUUUAGAGCAUUAAAUGCUCUGUCUGGCUCCCUAACCAUUUACUGUCUUGCAAUAGACCGCAUACGGCGGGUAAUUAAUGCUUAGUCUUGCUUGUUUCGAGGAAAAUAUCUUAGAAGAUCUCUCUUCCUUGUCACAACCAGUGCUUUAUGUCAGGCAAUAUAUGCCUUGUCUUUUCCCUAGGGUGACCGCCUAACACACUCCCUUGCAUGUAGCUGCAUGAUAACAUCGUAUUUGCACAUGUUUGCACCCUCGUUUCUUGAUCAUUUUGGCUUGAGUUUUUGCUUUCUUGGACUAUUUUAUGCUAGGUUGUGUUCCUUUGUCAUAUUUCAGGUCCUAGCAUGUAAAUUGAAGCAAAGGCGCAAGUUUCAAGUCAAUCAGAAUUCAUUUGGCAAUUCGGGAGAAGAAACACGAGCAUGACCUGAGGAAGAAUGGACUUCUACCUCAUAUUAUGGACAAAUAAUCAUGGAAUCUUGUCAUGAAAAUAUAAAGGACGAGACUACGAACGUCUAGGAUCAAACGGCGACUGAUUCGGAGUCCGGACGAGGGAGAAACGAAGCAUUAAACAGGGGCGGAGGAAGAAUUACGACCGUAUUUUCCCCUCCCAUGCCCGUAUUUUCACUGCCGAGAGGAGCUUUGGAUGCGCUGAAACUUAACCAAAACGCGUGUUUUGGGCAAAAUACGGGCAUGGAAGAAUUACGACCGUAUUUCUGCCCGUAUUUCGCCCAGAAUCGGGUUUUUGAGGGAGAUUCGAGCCAAAGGAAAGGGAGAGCUGGGGGUUGGUUCCCAAACACCCAAGGGACGAACCCUAGAGAGAGAGAGAGAGAGAGAGAGAUACUUGCGAACAUUCUUGGAGCUAUUUUGGAUGAUUUCUUCACCAUUGGAGCUCGGGAAUCAAGCUUGGAGAUGGAGAUUGAAGAUCUAGAUCAGAUUUCUGCAGUCUCUCUCUUCUCUAUGGAGUAACUUCCCUUCACUUAGGUUUUGAGGAACUCUAGUUCCAUGUGUUAGGAUCUUUCUUGUAUGAAGUUUUUGAUGCUAUAUUGUUUGAUUAUAAUCGAUUGAGGCAUGAUUUAUAGAAUCAAUUGAAGCCUUAUCAUCUUCUCUUGAUUUCUGCUUUAACCUAUGAUAGAUAGAAUCUAAUUAGGUUAAGAGAGCUUCCUUGAUUGAUAGUGAUGAAUUGGUUGUGCGAGAGUCAAUCAAUUCACUAAUUUGGACUGGAAUUCAUUCCAGUAGUGGAGAUCUGUGUGAAUCGCCUUAGCCGGGUAUUUUGCCUAAGAGGGCUUGGUCAGCUUAAGAGAUUCCAAGCUAAUUUAGGAUCUUCCACAGUUUAAUCAACAGUAGAUCAACCAAAGGUAAUUGCAACUUGGACCUAAUUGAGGAGCUACUGGGAAUCAUACCUAAGUGAGUUCCCAACUUGUAAUUAGUAGAGUACUUAGUAGAGUAGUUUAGUAAAUCAAUCUUUAAUCUAGUUUGCUAGAUAAUGAACUGAAGCUGAGUAAUAGUAACUCUAGAGACCCGUGGAUUCGAUAUUUAUUACUUGUGCCACUAUACUGCAGUCCCUUUCAUUGGUUACACUUGGCCAUUGUUAGGUGUUGUGUUUUAGCGUGUCAAGUUUUUGGCGCCGUUGCCGGGGACUUUCUUGAUUAUUAGGAAAGGCAGAAGUUUGUUACUUUAGCGUUUUUCUUUUCCACCCUUGCUUUUCACUUGGGUGUUUUUGUUUUUGUUGGUGCAUAUCUGAAUCAUGGAUCCUCAUGGCUUCUCCAACCAUUGGGGGUAUCCACCACCGUCCGAGUGGUAUUACCUCGAGACUCCCUGGAGCAAUCAAGGAGGAGAAGACUAUGGAUUCGGGUUCCAGUACCAAACCCCUUACUAUGGAGAACAAUCAGACCCCUGGGCAUAUCAAGAACAACCUCCUUAUCAAGAAAAAUUUCUCCCACAACCAGAAGGGCCAUCGGAGCUGGAGUUACCCAUGGCAGCCUUCACGGGCCAUUCUGCAGAGCCAUGCUACACUCCACAACCAGAUCCAAAUUAUGAGUUGAAGCUUCUCAUGGAGCAGUUUGCUCGAGACAGUGAGAUAUUAUGGGAUAGGAUGGAUCUUUGUACCCAGGCCUUUCGUGAAACAGAGGAGAUCCUCCUGAUCCUUAAGAAGAGCGUCGAUGAUCUUGAGCGAUCUUGUGCACAACCUGCUCCAGAUCACCCUUCUGCUACCAUACUAGAAGAGGAGGAGGAAGAAGAAGGCUACAAGGACAUUGUGGAGCACACUGAAGCUGUAACGGAGAGCUCCCGUGAUGAUCAUGAUCAGGAAUGUCCUGUCGUAGCCGACCACACCUUCCCACAUCCCAAACUGAGCUUUGAAGAGGUGGGCAUGAGUGAGGAGAUGCAAGAAGAUCUCAUGGAAGAAAUUGCUUGGCAACUUGCUCUCCAAUCUGUGCUAGAAGAAGAAGAGCAAGAAAGGGUGCAGAAAGAAGUUGUGGAGGAUGACGAAAGUGAAGCAGGAGGAGUUCUUGAUCAUUUCCCAAGAGUGAUACCACAUGAACAAGGAAGGGAGGAUGAAGAAGCAAUUGGCGUUCAGGCCGAGGACGAAGUCGAGGUGGAAGAGGCCUGCACCGGCCAUGAGUUGCAAGUAAUAUCCCCACAAAACUUCGAGGAACUGCUUAGCAAGGACCCAUUUGCAGUGUCUCUUUGCCAGACCAAGGCCACAUCGACAUCGGUUCCUCUUGGUGGACUCGAUGGUGGUCAAUCGAUGUUGGCAUAUCUAGUUUGGGGCAAUGAGAUGAGAGAAGAGAAGAAGAGGUCUCGAGGGUGGAGACGUUAUCUGCAUCAAGUGCACGAUCUUCCAUCACCUGUCAUACCACAUGCUCGUGACUUGAGACUCCACCUCAUCGACGAGAACCUCAACUUCAAGGAGGUUUUGGUGUGGACCGAAACUUAGGAGCCAUCGUCCGGCUCACGAUGUGAAAGAAGCGCUUGUUGGGAGGCAACCCAACCAGUCGGUUUGCAUUUCUUUCUCUAUUUCUCCUCGGUUUAGUUAGUUUUGUUCUUUGAUUUUAGAGUCAAUAACUCAACCUUUGUGAGAUUUUGUGGGGUGUUUGUGUUCCGACUACGCUCUCCUCCUAGAAUGCACCGCCUGCCCCGUCCACCAUCAUUCACCCUUGAUCUGGUAACUUCGUUCUACCCUCCUUAUCUUUCUUCCAUUGAGGACAAUGUCGUGCUUAAAUGUGGGGGGAUGUUCGAUUAUGUAUGCGUGUGAAUGUUUGGUUGUAUGUGUGUGCUUGGAGCCUAGUCCACUGUCCAAAUCUUGAGAUUUGAGGGCUCCAAGCACUGUUGUUUGCUUGAUCAUAUUGGCACUGUGGUUUAAUUGGUGAAUCGAAUGGCUUUCUAAUUAAUGCAUGACAACUUGAAUGUGACUAGGACAACCUAUAAUGAUGACUGAGAUGUGCAGUAGAAUUGUGUAGGAGUUCAGUUUUUCAACUGUUUGCUUACCAACUGUGACUUGGAUUGAUCACUUGUUCUUGACAGUCGUUUAUGCAUCUAGUUCAGGGAAUCAGAAUGAGAGAUAGAGCAUAUAGGUAGCCAUGUGAGAUUUGAGCCUGCUCGUUUCUUUCUUGUGCGAUAGUUCCCUCUUCCAUGAUGUGCAGCAUUCACGUUGUCAUUAGCUAAGAUGAUGGAGGCAUAGGAUUAGUCCACGACCAAAUUGACUGUCCUGGUGUGUCAUACCCCCUAGUCAACCCCUUUGAGCCGUGUGUUAUUCUUUCUUUCGGUUUAUAAUGGAAAAUCACCAUUUUGCAUCUCUUAGAAGGUUCCACGGAGUGGUUUUUGCAUGUUCUCUGCUGUUUCUGCUAAAAAUAAUGUGAGGGUUGGAGGUAGUUCUUAAAAAAGUUGGGCAUGUGUUUGAAAAAUGUGCAGAGGUGGUGGUUCUCUCAAGAAAUGAAAAUAAAAAGAAGAAAAAAUGGCUGAAAGCUAAAGAGAGCCACUACCAAAAAUAUGAAUCAUGCUUAGUAAGUAGUGUUUCUUAGCAGUCUGGCUUAGAAAUACUAACAUUUAUGUGACCUCCUUCGCUCUUGUGCUCUAAAGAAUUUGAGUAAUGCAGAAUGACAUAAGGAAAGUAAGUGGUUUGAUUGACUGUGAGUUUGUUGGGUUUGGAAAUGUGGAACCUUGUGCUAUGAAUACUUCCACCACCUAAACGGCCUUUUCCCCAUGUCCAAGACCCUAGCCAGUCAUUUGAACCUGUGUCUAAGACCUCCGCAUUAGUUAGUGAUGACACCCAUUUAUGUGAACUCUAACAUUUAGAGGAUGCCGUCAUGGUGAAGAGACGUUAGGGAUUGAGAGAAUAAGUAUUCACAUUUUUCGCAUCAAAUUGUCCUGACCCCACUGGUCGAGAGUGAGCGAUUCAUUUCCUUGUUCUUUACACUUUUUACCCCGGUGAGGAACUAGAUGGCUCGGUCUUGAUUCUGAUGUCUUGAGUUUUAUGCAUGAGCUGACUGUCUUGAAUAAGCGGUUGACUCAAGUCUAGGUUGGUUGGUGAACAGAAGGGAGACUCUUCCUUUACCCGAUUUUGCUGCACUCGAAUGUCCUCUGUGGUGGCCGUCCAGGUUGUUGUUGAAGUUGUUUAUGCGUUGAUGUCUAAAAGCCAAUAUGAUUCUCGUGUUUCGUGCCUAUAUGAUAUGUUCCCAAGGAUUUCAUGAUUAAGAUGUUUUGAGAUUACCUUGUAUCUGACUUGGUUUGCUUGGGGACAAGCAAACGGUUAAGUAUGGGGGAAUUUGAUAACAUCGUAUUUGCACAUGUUUGCACCCUCGUUUCUUGAUCAUUUUGGCUUGAGUUUUUGCUUUGUUGGACUAUUUUAUGCUAGGUUGUGUUCCUUUGUCACAUUUCAGGUCCUAGCAAGUAAAUUGAAGCAAAGGCG